GCAAGCUUUUUCUAACUGACGGGAUAACUUGUGGCAGCCUGCAUAUAAAUAUAAUAGAUACAGAUUUCUGCAGUUUAUCACCAUUCAGUGCAAGGUUAGGUUAUCUCAUUUGUUAUCAUUUACUCCUAUAAACGAUGUCCUCAGACGAAGAGGAACCUACCAGUCCUGUUCUGCCCAAGGACUCAGAUCCGGGCAGCUCUGUCUCCUCUGAUCUUCAGGAUGAGUAUGAGGAGCUCCUCCGCUAUGCUGUUGUCACCCCUAAGCUUGACAGACUCACCAGUGCUCGCUUGCAGCGGAAAAGCACCUCACAUCUGUCUGCAGGGGGUUGGACUUCCCAGAGAAAAGAGGACACAAAAUCACUGCACCCAGCAGAUACUGCCACUGAAGCUAAAGAUGGGAGGCAUUCCAGCAGGAGUGUGAGAUCAUCACAGGUCUCCCCGUUGAUUUUUGAACCCUCCACACGUUCAAGAGCCUCUCAUGCUGAGGAGAUGGCAGGUCGGUCAUCUAGCAGGGUGUCAGUGCUCUCAGACAGGUUACAGACGGUGUCUGAGAGGUCUAGGCCAAGCAGCCCACAUCCACUUGAGCCCGAUGUGACAGAGAUGUUUAUCUCGGAGGAAAACAUAAGCAAGAUGGAGAACAUUCUGGACACGUGGAGCAACAACCUGAAGUCUAAUGUGCUGACUGAGCUCAGGAAGUGGAAGCUGGCUUUCAUGGAGCAACACAAGCUGGAGAUGAGGAAAGAGAAGGAGAAGUAUGCAGCCCAGACAGCUGACCUGAGGUCAGAGCUAGACAGCCUGAAGGGGCUGCUACACACCUACAAGACUUCAAACCAGAGAAAAGAUGAGGUGAUUGUGAACCUGAAUCAGGUGUUGGACAGACAAAAAGAAAAGCAUGAAAAAAUGAGGGCCUUCACCCACUGGAGAAUCCAGCACACUGAGGCCAAAGAGGAGGCUCGUGCUGCUCAGGUAGCACGGCAGCACUACCAUUUGCAGCUGAAGAAGAAGGUGUGGCUAGGCUGGCAGUCUCUGAUCCAGAAACACUGGAAGGUCAAGGUGGAGAGAGCAUGCCGUGCAAGGGCUGAAGAGGUCUGCACCCGCCUGUCUACAGAGUACGAGGCAAAGCUGGCAGAGCACUGUGAGGCUAUUGAGAAGGCACAGGCAGAGAUUCAGAGACUGCGACUAGAGCGAGAGCGCUAUGAAGAAUCUAUGAAGAAAGCCUUCAUGAGGGGCGUGUGUGCUCUCAACAUGGAGGCUCUCGGCAUGUUCAACACUUCAGAGGGACGACCAGGGCAACCUUCAGUUCAUGAUCAGCAUGAUGUUCUGCCUCCCCAGGAUGAGUCUGGCUCUGCUACAAUGGCUCAACUUCAACCAUAUCCCAUCUCUUCCACACAGUUUAGUCCAGUCCACGUUGACCGCCAGGACCCUUCCCACAGCCAAGAAGAGGAUAUGAUGGGCUCUGGUGCCCCUGCAUCUAGGGCAGAAGUGAUCCCUCCCACUACAGUAGUUCACAGCUCCCUCCCACUUGGGGGAACUGCAAGUUCCCACAAACAGCUGUUUCAGGUGAGCGGUCGUGUCAUCACAGCCAGUCAACAAAAACCCUCAAAGACUGUAACGGCUCGCAUCACUGGACGUACUGACGUUGGUAAGACUGCACGCAGCAACCUCCAGGUGAUGAGUGUGGCUCCGCCCAUGAGCUCUGUGAUUGUUGAACGACAUCAUCCUGUUACACAGCUCACCAUCGGUCAGGCUACGGCUUCUAAGUUCCCUCGCCCCUCCCAACAGGGCCAAAGCUCCACCGGAGGCAGAAGCUCCUCCAGAACACACACCAGCACGUGCCAUGUACACUCCAUCAAAGUAGUGGACUGACCACACAUUUAUAUCUCACAGAAGUACUCAACAAGUCUAGAAUUCAUUCUAUGCAGCUAUCCAAGAAGUAGUUACCGUGGCAAUAGUUUCAGGUCCAUUUUAUUUUGACAUCUUGGAGUGAAUUUGCCCUCUGCUCUCUGCAUUUGAAGUAAACAUUAGAUUUUUUUUCAGCUUCCUUCCAUGAAUGUGCAUGAUUUCUUGAGCAAUAGGAUUUUUCUCAGGAAAGUGCUCCGUAGACACAGGUAAACGUGUGUGUAAAUGUCUUUAAUUAUUACCAGCUGGACAGAGUUUAGAGUUACAAAAAGGGCAGUUUAUUUCUAUGAAGAAAAGAAAUGUCUUAACAGAUAGUUUUACCUGUGCAUGAUUUAAUUUUUAAAUUACAUGUAUUUAUUUUAUUGAUUUUUUUCUAUUGAGAACAACCGUUCAACACCACAGGUUGAUUGUUUUACUAAACCAAAGCCAUAUGUUACUGAUUCAAAUAAAUUAUUUUACUGCUCACUUCCUGUACAAAUCAGUAGUUGAAAAUGAUGUAAACAUGACAUUUUUGUA